UCUGUUGGAAGCCGAACUGAACGGGUCGACUCUCUCGUUGUGGUCGGCAGCAGGAACGAUAGUUUCUACCGUCCUUGUGUAAACAAACGCGUUUGGAGACAAAGUUUCGACUCUUUGCAGCAAGUCGUCGACUGUUCAAGAAUUAAAGAAGAAACAUAAAACAGCCAUUAACCUACCCAGGAGCUUUCGUGUGCUGCUUUUUGUCACUGAUGCGAUCUGUUGCAUUUUUUUGUCCCCUCUCUGCCAUACUGUCUGCCCAAUCAAGGCAGAAACUGUUCAAGUCCGGAUUACAGCACUGGCUGCUUAUUCACAAGAGAAAAAGCCAGACAAUCCUUUAGAAAUUGGGCUUGAAUACAAGCUGCUCACAAGUCCAAAUGGGCAAUCGAUAGCUCAGUGGCGGUGUGUGCGUUUGUGUGAUUCAACCGCUGGGUAGGCGGUUUUCGCCUCAACAUUAAAACAUUUCUAGUGGAAGUCGCCCUUUUCUUUUUGUUUGUGGGAUCGUGACACGGCACAGAGCACAUUUCGCCUUUAGGCCACCGACAGCAUCGUGGAAAACAUUUAACCCAUGCCCGUUACAGUUGCGUAUGUCCUAUUGCUACAGUGUGGUCGCAUGACUGAUUGUUGUUUUUGUGCUGGACAAGUUGAUUGACUAUUGGAAGACUUACAAUUCCGAUCCUUCUAUUUGUAUACGUAACAGUGAAUGAAUUGAUCGAUCGUAAGUGUUACCGAAGUGGACAGAUUGGGUUGCCCACGCUCUUUUUUGUUGCGAACCAACAGUAUCAUCACUAGUGAAGAAACAAGAAUAUCGUUAUUGUGCCAAUCGGGAGCGUUCGCUUCUUGAUAGACGAUCGUGCCAAAAGGAAAUCCUGCAAAAUUAUACACCCACGUUUCUGAACGACUUGUUCGAUAUUCUCCUGGUGCUCGUCGGUUGUUUUUAACAACGUACUACUUCCCUCGAAUUGCACUGAUAAACGGACACCGGCAGGACAGCGAUGCAUGAAUUGCGAACUCUUCUCGACCGUUUGGAAAUCGACUGCUUGGAGACGUCCCUAUCAGACCUUCAACCCAAAGGAGACGAAUGUCCACGCGUAUGGGACGGCCUUUUAUGUUGGCCACCAACACCGGCCAACGUUACGAGCCACCUCGGCUGUCCGGAGUAUGUCGACGGGUUUGACGUCCUGGCUUUCGCGACUCGGCAUUGCAUGGAAGACGGAACGUGGUACUUCAAUCUGCAAGAGAACAGAACUUGGUCCAAUUAUUCAUCGUGCGGGCUGUCUAGACAUUCCCCUUUCAACACGACACUAUUCGAAACCUGGCUGCCAAUUAUCAGAAGGAUAUCACAAGUCGGUUAUGGAGUCUCUCUUGGCACCUUACUUAUCGCCCUCUUUAUUUUAGCGUCAUUCAAGAAAUUAUAUUGUCCUCGCAAUACGCUUCACAUGCAUCUGUUCAUCUCUUUCAUCAUGCGAGCGUUUAUGGCACUGCUCAGAGAUAAUCUCUUUGUCGAUGGACUUGAUAGUUUUGCCUUGUCGACAGAUGAGGCUCUCGCUGAAGCAAAUGUGGACGAUCUCCUACACCAGUACCCCGGCACGGGCGGCUGGGAAUGCAAACUGGUAACGAGCUUCUGGCAGUACUUCAUCAUGGCCAACUAUUCAUGGAUUUUAAUGGAAGGCCUCUACUUGCAUAACCUAAUCUUCUUGGCGCUGUUUACCGAUUCGAGCGCCAUCACUAUUUACAUUAUCCUAGGAUGGGGUUUACCGUUGAUAUUCGUCUCAUCGUGGGUGGUAAUGCGCGCUUUGUUUGAAAAUCUACUCUGCUGGACGACAAACGAGAACAAAAUCAUAUUCUGGCUUCUCAUCCGGGGACCUAUAACAGCUUCUAUUUUGGUCAAUUUGAUUUUCUUUCUGCACAUUGCUUGGGUGCUCCUGUCAAAGUUAAGAUCAUCCGUAUCAGCAGAGACACGCAAGUACAGGUACAGGAAAUGGGCAAAGUCCACCUUGGUGCUGGUGCCUCUUUUCGGGGUUCACUACACCGUCUAUUGUAUUAUGCACGGGGCAGACGACGGACUUGGGGAAGCUGUGGAAGUGGCACUCCUCGUUUCUGAUCAACUUUUCGCUUCUUUUCAAGGAUUCUUGGUUGCUCUUCUUUACUGUUUAAUGAACGGCGAGGUCCGCGGAGAACUCUCCCGUCGUUGGAAACGAUUUCGGCAGAAUCAUAAUCUGGACUCGCCGUGGUCGCAGUACAGUAUCACCAACAAUUCCAGGAUUCUUCAUUUGAAUGGAUGCAGGACAAACACGACACGCGGCUGGCGGACGUCGUUUCAUUCAAUUCAGAUCACGUCAACGGGUGGCGAUCGCCGUGACUACAGACUUCGCUCUCUUACACCACCAUUCAUCGCGUGCUAUAAUAGCAACCCCAACAAUUCGUCCAACAGCUGCGACUCGCGAUCCACAUCUAUUACUGGCCCUAUCCAUCAAUCAGUUAGCACCAACAGUGUGAUCGGUCCAACUCGCAUUGCCUGUUCGAAGCCAAUCACCAUUGCAAAUCGACUGGAGAAGAUUGUUAGCGAAAGUGAAGAAUCGGAGCAUUUAGACAGCACUCGACCCCAUUACGAUAAUGACGAGGCGACAACUUUAGCUGAUAUGACUACCAAGCCUCUCAGGGCAAUAUCUAAAACGUCAUUGUAAAAGAACAAUACGAAGGGAUUAUCUAGUUACCUGCAAAACGCGUGAAAUUAUCACGACAGCCAUUCCAUUUGUCACGAGAAAAAUCCACACCUAUGUACCUAUACUUCCAUUCAAACAGUUGCAUGUCUUACUGCGUGUAGAUACGCGAUACUGUUUUUGCUGGAAGAAAGUCAGCCCUCUUCGAUGACCUUAUUUUUCUUAUUGACAACAUGUACAUAUAUAUACGAUAUGUCUUCUUUCUCUAAAUAUUGCAUGUCAUGUGUGGUUGGAUCAUUGUAUCAUAACAAAACACCGGUGAGCUAGAUGUCAAAUGUGACCCUAAAAAUGUGAUUUUCGCUUUUAAAUGUUUAUAUACUAUCGAUGACAGUUUGCUGCUCAAUAUGAUUAGCAUUUUCAGCACUUAUACGACAUUAGGCACUUUAAGUGGCUCGUUUAAGUGUUAACCAAACCCUUUGCGUGCAGCCGUGCAAGCCUAUGCUCAGGUUGAGUAUUUCAUAUUCUUCCACAUGCAUACGAUCAGUAUUUUUUGGCUUGAAGGUACGGUCGUGACAUCUCACGCUACCGACGGAAGAAGAACCGUUCAUGCGCUGUGUGGUUCAAAGUCCAUCUACCGACAUGAAAUAAACUGGGAAGCAGAGACUCGGAUGAAAACAGGGCAAAGAUGCAAUUGUACUUCUAGUUCCUUUAGUUUAGCCAAUACCGUCGGAGUAAUCACCAACCUAAGGUUGGUGAUACUUGAUUGAUUGUGACUGUACGUUCAGAGUCGAGUGCAAACGUUUUCUAUAAGAAAUGAAUCAGUCGAUAUUAAGGCGAAUAGUUAAAAGAUCAAGAAAUAAUUUGAUGCAAUGGUAGAAAAUGGUUUCACAACUAUUAAAUUACGCUAACCUACCACAAUUCAAUGAGCUUAUUCCUUUUUGGAAUAUUUAUGACCAAAUGACCCUCUUUCUUCAUUUUCUGAGCAAAACUCGACGCUGUUAAUUGCCGUUUACGUUUACACACAAAUCUAAUGAAGCCACUAUACCCCUUUUAAAGUUGAAUUUCGUAACUAACUGUGCAACACGUUUUCCUAAAAUAUUCGCAUUUUCGUCGCCCAAUGUAAUUGGCAAGUUAUAAAUAAAAAAUGUCUGUAUUCGUUAA